AUGCGCAAGACGAUGAGCGGGUAUGGCUACAUUGGCGGACGAAGCAGCGGGCUGGCGAGCGGGUACGGUAGCGGAUACGGAGGCGUGUAUGCAGCGCGGUCGGGGUCGAUGUACGGGCUGGUUCCGCCGCAGCCGCGACCACUGGUAGAUGAAGAGGCUGCGGGCGAGUUAGCGACGCUCCGCAGCGAGCUGGCUGCUCAGGUGAGUGAAAUCCAGGGCGAGAUCAGCGAGGCGCAGCGCAUGUGGAUCGAAGCGUAUCGCAAGAUUGGGGCGGCACAUCACUUUGCACGGCUGGCAGCGUUUGGUGGCGACUACGCCCGUGUUCGCGACCAUCUCGACGAGGCACGGCGGCUGGCAGGAACUCAUGCCGAGGCCGGGCGCGCGGCUGCGGCAGCGCAUUUUCGCCUUCGCCGGGCCUACGUCGCGCAUGCCCGGCAGCUGCAGCUCGUUUGGCAGCGGAUCGUGGUCGUGCGGAUGUAG